AUGGCUAAGAAGGCAGGCAUUAUACUCACAUAUUCAUCACCACCACACAUUAAGACAGAAGAAUUGAUGAUCAAUCGACAAGAUGUCAAAAGGGGCCUUGUACACUUACAAGUCGAAUGUGAUUUCGACCUUUGUGCCAAUAAGGACAGCGCAUUGAUGCACCUAUCCGCUGGCCCGGAUGCCGGUAUAGUGGACGAUUGA